GAAGUGAGCCGCGUUAUCCGCCCCUCGCCGCUAAGAUGAGCGAUCACAUCAUCUCCAGCAUCAGCCUCCGGAGCAGCACUGCGGUGUCCGGAGCUCUGCUUGGCUCUGUGCGGAGCUGUUGACUUCCUAGAGUAACUGCACUCGUACCGUGCAUGGGGCUUCCUGCUGGACCGUUAAAUCACCAUCCAUUGGCUUGUCAAAGGCAUCGGGUCUGAAUGUUAAAGAGCCGCGGUGCUGCACCGAGGCUGACCGAGACGGGAACAUGGCAUCCCCCAGCAGCUCUUCGCCUGAGCGGGGGUCCCCACCAAACCAACAGCGCAUUCGCCAGUCUGACAGCAACACAAGCUUCCUGCGAGCUGCCCGUGCAGGGAACCUGGACAAGGUGUUAGAAUACCUGAAGGAUGGUGUGGAUAUAAACACCUGUAACCAGAAUGGACUCAAUGCUCUGCAUCUGGCAGCUAAGGAGGGUCACCUGGAGCUGGUGGAGGAGCUGCUGGACAGAGGGGCGUUUGUGGAUUCAGCCACUAAGAAAGGGAACACUGCUCUCCACAUUGCCUCGCUGGCUGGACAGCAGGAAGUGGCAAAGCUGCUGGUGAAGAGAGGCGCUAGUGUCAAUGCCCAGUCUCAGAAUGGCUUCACCCCACUGUACAUGGCGUCUCAGGAGAACCACCUCGACGUGGUGCGUUACCUGCUGGAGAACGACGGGAACCAGAGCACUGCCACUCAGGAUGGCUUUACCCCCUUGGCCAUCGCGCUGCAGCAGGGCCACGACCAGGUGGUGGCGCUACUGCUGGAGAAAGACACCAAAGGCAAAGUGCGCCUACCUGCCCUGCACAUCGCAGCCCGCAAGGAUGACACCAAGGCUGCAGCCCUGCUGCUGCAGAAUGACCAUAAUGCAGACGUGCAGUCUAAGAUGAUGGUCAACAGGACGACGGAGAAUGGAAAGAGUGGGUUCACUCCUUUGCACAUCGCUGCUCACUAUGGCAACGUGAAUGUUUCCACGCUUCUCCUGAACCGCGGGGCAGCGGUGAACUUUACUGCGCGGAAUGGCAUCACACCCCUCCAUGUGGCCUCCAAGCGUGGAAACACCAACAUGAUCAGCUUACUGCUGGACCAGGAGGGUCAGAUCGAUGCCAAGACUCGUGAUGGCCUGACACCCCUGCACUGUGCAGCCAGAAGUGGACAUGCACCAGCAGUAGAGAUGCUGCUGGAGAGAGGAGCUCCUCUCCUGGCCAGAACAAAGAAUGGGCUGUCCCCACUACACAUGUCCGCCCAGGGUGACCAUGUGGAGUGUGUCAAGCACCUGCUUCAGCACCAGGCACCUGUUGAUGAUGUCACAUUGGACUACCUGACAGCGCUGCACGUGGCAGCGCACUGUGGCCAUUACCGAGUCACCAAGUUACUCCUGGACAAGAAGGCUAAUCCCAAUGCCCGUGCUCUGAAUGGCUUCACUCCACUGCACAUUGCGUGCAAGAAGAACAGAGUCAAGGUGAUGGAGCUGCUGGUCAAAUACGGUGCUGCCAUUCAGGCCAUCACAGAGUCUGGCCUCACGCCCAUCCACGUGGCUGCCUUCAUGGGGCACCUGAGCAUCGUACUUCUCCUGCUGCAGAACGGGGCAUCACCCGACAUCUGCAACAUCCGUGGGGAGACGGCGCUGCACAUGGCCGCUCGUGCAGGGCAGCUGGAGGUGGUGCGCUGUCUGCUGAGGAAUGGAGCUCAGGUGGAUGCCAUAGCUCGGGAGGACCAGACCCCUCUUCACAUCGCAGCUCGCCUGGGGAAGACUGAUAUUGUCCAGCUGCUACUGCAGCACAUGGCCCACCCAGAUGCCUCCACAGCCAGCGGCUACACCCCUCUGCACAUCUCCGCCCGUGAGAACCAGCUGGAGGCAGCCGCUGUUUUGCUGGAGGCUGGCGCCUCACACUCUCUGUUCUCCAAGAAAGGAUUUACCCCCCUGCAUGUUGCUGCUAAGUAUGGAAGCCUGGAGGUGGCAAAGCUUCUGCUGCAGAGGCGAGCGUCCCCUGACGCUGCCGGAAGUAAUGGACUGACUCCACUUCACGUUGCUGCCCACUAUGACAACCAGCAGAUGGUGCUGUUGCUAUUGGACAAGGGUGCCUCACCUCACGCCACAGCCAAGAACGGCUACACUCCGCUGCACAUCGCAGCUCGGAAGAACCAGAUGGACGUGGCAGUGGCACUGAUACAGCACGGUGCCUCCACCAUCUCCGUCAGCAAGCAGGGGGUCAGCCCGCUGCACCUGGCCUCCCAGGAGGGCCACGCCACCAUGGCCACACUGCUGCUGCGCAACAGCGCUCAUGCCAACGCGGCUGCCAGGAAUGGCUUGACCCCCCUGCAUUUAGCGGCCCAGGAGGACAAGGUCAGCGUGGCUGAGAUACUUACAAAAAACGGCGCAAACAUUGAGCAGCAAACUAAGAUGGGCUACACACCCCUGAUUGUAGCAUGUCACUAUGGAAAUAUGAAGAUGGUGAAUUUCCUGCUGCAGCAUGGUGUCAAUGUGAAUGUUAAAACCAAGAAUGGAUACACCCCCCUUCACCAAGCAGCACAGCAGGGGAACACACACAUCAUUAGCCUGCUUUUGGAGUGCGGGGCCAAACCCAAUGCCAUGACUGUGAGCGGAAACACAGCCCUGUCCAUCGCCAAGCGGUUGGGGUACAUUUCUGUGGUGGACACCCUGAAGAUGGUCACUGAGGAGGUCAUCACCACCACCACGACUGUGACAGAGAAACACAAGCUGAACGUCCCGGAGACCAUGACUGAAGUGCUUGAUGUGUCUGAUGAGGAAGGGGAAGACACGAUGAUGGGGGAUGGGGGAGAGUACCUGCGAGUGGAGGACCUGCGGGACCUGGGGGAUGACUCCUUGUCCGGAAAUUACCUGGAGGGCUUAGACUACCUUCGCUUCAGCCUGGAAGGAGGCCAACAGGAGAGUUCCAACAGGUCUCAGCUCACUUCCAGACAACAGCAACGUAAUCAGAAAGGUGGAGCACUGAUGGAGGACAUCAUCAGCAGUCAGAAGGUGGCUAUUUCUUUUGAGAACCAGAAAGAUUCAUACCGCUUGAGCUGGGGCAUUGAAAACCUGGACAAUGUGGCCCUUUCCUCUAGUGCUUUGCAGUCUGGCCACAUCUCUCCAUUUCAUGAACUUGACAACAGCAGCUUCUUGGUCAGUUUCAUGGUGGAUGCACGCGGCGGGGCCAUGCGGGGAUGCCGACACCAUGGUCUGCGCAUCAUCGUCCCCCCGCGGAAGUGCUCCGCCCCCACGCGCGUCACCUGCCGCCUGGUGAAGAGGCAGCGCCUGGCGUGCAUGCCCCCCCUGCUGGAGGGUGAGGCGCUGGCUCACCGGCUGGUGGAGGUGGGACCCACUGGGACACAGUUUCUUGGGAAGCUGCAUCUUCCAGCUGCUCCCCCUCCUCUUAACGAAGGAGAGAGCUUGGUCAGCCGAAUCCUACAACUGGGGCCUCCUGGGACCAAAUUUCUUGGACCAGUGGUGCUGGAGAUCCCACACUUUGCCGCAUUGCGAGGGGCAGAGAGGGAACUGGUGACUCUACGCAGUGAAACGGGGGAGAGCUGGAGGGAGCAUCACUGUGAACACACUGAAGAAGAGCUCAACCAGAUCCUCAACGGCAUGGAUGAGGAGCUGGACCCCCCAGAGGAGCUGGAGCGGCGGCGCAUCUGUCGAAUCAUCACGAGAGACUUCCCACAGUACUUUGCGGUUGUGUCCCGGAUCAAGCAGGACAGCCACCUGAUGGGGCCAGAGGGUGGGGUUCUGAGAAGCAGCGUGAACCCUGAGGUCCAAGCUGUGUUCCCAGAGGGCGCACUCACCAAAAGGAUCCGGGUUGGCCUGCAGGCCCAGAUCAUUCCCCCUGACCUUGUGAAGAGGAUUCUGGGUAAUAAAGCAAGAUUCAGCCCUAUCGUCACAAUGGAGCCACGGAGGAGGAAGUUCCACAAGCCCAUCACUAUGACCAUCCCUGUGCCUAAGGCUUCUGCUAACGACGGAGCCAGCGGAUAUGGGGCCGACCUGCUCACACUGCGGCUGCUGUGUAGCAUCACCGGCGGCACCACUCCUGCGCAAUGGGAGGACAUCACAGGAAGUACGCCGCUCUCGUUCUCCAACGAGUGCGUGUCCUUCACGACGAACGUGUCAGCGAGGUUCUGGCUGAUUGACUGCCGACAGGUGCAGGAAUCCGUUAACUUCUGCACACAGGUGUACCGAGAUGUGAUCUGUGUUCCCUACAUGGCAAAGUUUGUUAUUUUUGCCAAGACACUGAACCCCAUCGAGGCACGACUUCGCUGCUUCUGCAUGACCGAUGACAAGAUGGACAAGACCCUGGAGCAGCAGGAGAACUUCACUGAGGUGGCACGUAGCCGAGAUGUGGAGGUGCUAGAGGGAAAGCCCAUUUAUGCAGACUGUUUUGGCAACCUGGUACCACUAACAAAGACGGGCCAGCAUCACAUCUUCAGCUUCUUUGCAUUUAAGGAGAACCGCCUGGCUCUGCUCAUUAAGGUGCGCGACAGCACACAGGAGCCAUGCGGCCGCCUCUCAUUCACCAAGGAGCCACGGUCAUACAGAAGCCUGAACAUGAGCGCCAUCUGCAACCUGAACAUCACUCUGCCAGCCUACAGCAAGGAUUCUGAUUCGGACCCAGAGACAGAUGAACAGACUGAUCAGACCCAUGACAAAUAUGAUCAAGACUCAGAGUCCACAGAGACAUCGUUCCUGAAAUCGCAAGUUCUGUGCCACUCUGCUGCACUGGCCAGUCCAGACCUGUCAGACAUGUCAGAGUUGAAGCAGGACGUCAUUAAGUUGCCUGCUCUUCUCACAGUGGACUUCACAGGAAAGUCGAUAUUUACUGGAGUGGGGGAUGAUAGAGAAACAGAGGGGGAGCCAGGAAAGCCUUUUGAAAUAGUGGUGCGAGUCAGAGAAGGCUUGGAGAAGGUUGGCGAGAUGCAGAAAAGCAGGGCAUCAAUGAUGGACACAGUGACAGAGACAACACUGAAUACUGUGGAAGGAAGAGAAAGUCAGGAUGUAGAAAAGGUGGAGAAAAAAGUUGAGGAAGCUCCGUUUCAGGAAAUUCGAAUCAGCAGGGGAUACUCAAGACCAAAUACAACAAAAGAUGUCUCAGGCGUUAUCAACAUCCUCAGAGAGGAUCUUAUCACAUACCUGUCUGGGGUGGUUGUGAAACCGCUCCAGGAGGACAUUGUCAAAGAAGAAUUCACACAAGUGAUUUUGAGUAAGGUCUCCCCACCUGAAAUCAAAAAGCCAGCUAGGAGGAAACUGAGGGAGAGGAAGCACACUGAACCGGAACAGGGAACCAGUUUUGGGGCCAUUCUUCUCAGGGAUAGCUCAGACGAGCUGCUUGAUGAUGAUGUCCUGGGCCGGGGCCCGGACUCCCCAGCAGUUGUGGAGACCCCUAUUGGUUCCAUCAAAGACAAAGUACAAGCACUGCAAAAGAAAGUGGAGGAGGAGGAAAACCAAAGAAGGAUAACAACAUUCCAAGGAAGAGUAUAUUCCGAGAAUAAAUCCUCUCCUAGUAUCACUAAGAAAGAAUCUAAUUUAAUGGAAGCCCCCUCCACGUCUCAGAGUUCUGUAUCAGACAAGCCAGAAGAGGCGAUGUCUGUGCGAGAAUUGAUGAAGGUCUUUCAGUCAGGACAGAUAGAGUCAAACACUAAAUCUGGCCUCUUUCAACACAAAAUUCCAACAAAAGAAACCUUGCCAUUUAGUGGGACAGUCUGUGGCUCCCAAUCCAAAGAAGAAAUAAAAACAUCAGUGGCUCUUCAUAGUGAGAUAACAGAUUCCAGUGUUACAGACAAAGUGCAGAUUGACCAGGUAUCCAUGCACACUGUGUAUUUUAGUGAAACCUUGAAAUCGGAGCUGGAGGAAAAUGCAGUGUCACCAGGUGACAAGAAUGAAGAUAUUUCAGUCUGUAAAAUAAACUCUGAGGACUCUGAGAAACUUAAUCUGACUGCCACGACUGUCCCAGAUAUCACUGCAGAAGAAAACAACCUUGAUACUACAGUCAAUAUGCAGAGCAGAGCUCUAGAUUGCAGCCCUCCAGACAAGGCCAUGAAGUUACAUGACUACAGUUUGCACACAGAUACUGAGGAUGGCUUUGUGCACAAGGGCUUGGAAGAAACUCCAGAAUUCAGCUGUGAGAGUCAGGAUUAUUUGGACAGAAAGUCCAGUCAUCAACUUUUUGAAACCACUGAGUCAAAAGACCAAAUGGUAGAGAUUAAUUGCUUUUCCUCUGAGGAAACAAUAAAGAACAGUGAUGAGUCUGCUAUCAAAGUGGUUCAAUUUAGGCAGAGAAACUAUGCCCUCUCUCUAGAGGAAGAAGAUGUUCCAUCAGGACAUAAGCCCUCUGAAUCUUGGCAGCCCGCCAUUGACACUGGAGACACCAUUUUGAAUGACAGUCAGAACCAUGCCCUCUCUCUAGAGGAAGAAGAUGUUCCAUCAGGACAUAAGCCCUCUGAAUCUUGGCAGCCCGCCAUUGACACUGGAGACACCAUUUUGAAUGACAGUCAGAACCAUGCCCUCUCUCUAGAGGAAGAAGAUGUUCCAUCAGGACAUAAGCCCUCUGAAUCUUGGCAACCCUCUAAUGAUAAUGAAGACACCAGUCAAACUGAGGCAGACCACACGUAUAGUCCUACCAACCUUGAUCUGCCGCUCAAACCACAGGACUUAGAGGGAUUGAGCUCCUUGGCUGAUGCAUCCUUCAGUGUUAGCCACAAGGAUUCCCUGGAGGCCAGUCCUGUUACCGUAGACAAUUCCUCUCGUAAAUCCCCCGAUUCAAUUGAACCAAGUCCAACUAAGGAAUCACCAUGCCGUGAUUCCCUAGAAACUAGUCCCAUGGAGCAAAAAUCAACAACCAUUAAUGAGCUUUCAGUUGAUCCUUUAUUGUUUGAAGUAGAUCUUCUACCAGAUAAAAUUCAAUAUGAGGAUAGUGUGGUGAAGGACCAUAGUUUUGAACGAACCAUUCAAAUGGAAGGAGAGAGUUCACAUUCCCCCAAUGUCAUAAUCUGUGAGAAAGAAAGCUGUGAUAUCACCCUUAAACCAUCUGAAAGCCCAUCAAACAUAACUGCAACAUUAACAGACUUGAAGCCUGACAGUGAUUCUGAAUGUACUGAGCUUCAAAAGCAAUUCACCCCGGAGGAAGAGAUGUUUAAAAUGGCCACAAAAGUUAAGACAUUUAAUGAAAUGGAAAAGGACGCUAAAUCCGAACAAGAUGCUAUUAAAGAAGACCUAUCUCCUGUAACAACUGAAAUUGUAGAAGACAGAAGUCAUCACAUAGGAGUGGUGUCACCAGGUGAAAAAAUAUUGGAGAUGGAGAAUAAAAAUUUCAUGGGUCCAGUUAUGUCAGCAGAACAUUUUGUUGAAGUAGAACCUCAGUCCCCUGUUUCACCACAAGAGCAUGUUGAUUCUUUUGAGACCAAAGAAUUAUACCCCAUUGAUAUAUCCAGUGAAUCCAGAAAAGAAACAGAGGUUGAAGGCAGUGAAGCUAUAGAAACAGUUUCAUCAAGCUUAGAAAACACUGAACAUCAGUCAGGUACAGCAGAAAACAAACAAGACGACAAUUGCAUUGAACAUAUUCGGACCACAUCCAGAGAUGAGGGAUUGCAAAGGGAACUGAAUUCAUUUAUGUUUCAAGAGGGCAAGCUGUUUGAGAUGACCAGAGGUGGUGCUAUUGAUAUGACACAAAGAAGUUUUGAAGAAGAAGUGUUUGGCAUAGGUUUCUUACAUAUAGACAAGUACCCUGCUGAGGAGGGCCUAGUGGAUGAAAACAAAGAAGAUACCAUUGAGUGGAACACCGUCAACGAUCUGAGUAUAGCAGACGGAGCAGAGAAAAGCCAUAAACCUGUGUCAGAUUCACAAGGAUGUGGACAUGAUCAGUUUCUGGAGAGUGGCAUCAGCUCCUCAGAGAACAUGGACUGGGAUUCUGCUGCUGACACCUCCCCGAACACCCAAAGGCUUCUUUCCAUAACCACCAAAUCUGUUCAUGCCGAACAGGAUGCAGAGUCUCUUGACCACUCCCCAAAGGAACAACAGUCUGUCAUUAGACUCUCCCCCCUUGCUGAUGAGACUGUAGUGCCCCUCUGUAGCCAAGUGGCGGACACAUCAGAGAACAUGAACCAGAUCCUUUCACCCCUGCAUUCUCCACACCUGGUCUUACCUUGGUCUCUCAAUUUGCAGGAGAAAGGGAGACCCAGUUCUGAAACACCAGUCAAAGCAGAACCACUAAAACGCAAGUCCUGCUCUGAUACAGCAGUACAGUAUACAGAGUCACUCAAAGUCAGAAAAGAACAUCAACCUACUGUGCAGGGACACAGGAGCAAAUCUGACUCAGAUACAGUUUCCUUCAAAGGGUUUUUCAAAACCCAAAAUGAGUAUGAAAAUGACUAUUCUCGGGAAAUUGACACAGAAGAUAGCCUGCGGCAGCCAGAAGAUUCUUCUGAUAAGUUAAAUGCUCUACUUUCACAGCAGUGCAUUAGAACUGAACCUGGACUAAAAUUCAGCUUGUCCACCUCAGACAGAGAGCCAGCCUUUGAAAACACAUCAAGUAUAAAAGUCCGUCAGACCAGCACUCCUGAACAGGGGUCUGUUUCUGAUGAUGUCUUUUUUAUGAGAUCGCGGGAAAGUUCUGUACAGAUUCGGACCAUUACUGGUGAAAAUGCCGCACGUCAACAUGAAGUUGAUGCACAGGGUGACCCAGAAAGGAAUGAGGAAAGGUUAGCUGUCAUUGCAGACCACCUGGGGUUCAGCUGGGCAGAGCUAGCACGGGAGCUGGAGUUUGAUGAAGAUCGGAUCCAGCAGAUUAGGGUGGAAAAUCCCAAUUCCUUGCAGGAGCAGAGCCAUGCCCUGCUGAAGCACUGGGUGGAAAGGGAAGGCGAGAAUGCUACAGAAAGUAAUCUGAAUAGGAAGUUGACAAAAAUUAACCGCAUGGACAUUGUGCAUCUCAUUGAAACCAAUGUUUUCAAGUGCAACCAGACAUCAAGGACCUAUGCAGAGAUUGAAAAGACACUUGAUCAGAGUGAAGACUUGGACAGUCCCAGACUGAUACGAAGGACUGAAACCACGCCCAAACCCCCCCCUUCCGUCUCAGAAGAAGAUCUGUCAGUCUCCUCUCUGCUGGACACACACUGUACAGAAGCUCUGAGACACUCCCAGCGACAAACCCAUCAACAGGAUCAGCAGAUGACAAGGGUUAUGGGUGUAAUGGGUGGAGUUCCACUGACAUUUGAAGAAAAUGGGACUUUGGAAAGUGGAGGCAGAAGCACCCCAGAGCAGAUUUCAUCAGAGUUGUUCAUGGAAAAGACACUUAUUUCCAGUGAAUCAAAGGACUCUCUUAACAGGCUGGGUGAAGACUCUGAUUUUGCUAAAACACCAGCACAGGUGGACGUGAUGCUGGACAUCUCCCCACUGACAGAGACAGAGCAGCAGGCCACGGAGCAUUGCAAGACUUCUGUGGUAAGCAGGAAGAUUAUUCAAAAAGGACUGUCAGCUGAUGGAGUGGAGUGGGAAGAGGAGGUGAAGAAUGGGCAGGGUCUGAAGCCAGCCUGCAUCAAGGAUGGAGCCCAGUGCUCCACAAGGCGGAAGAGGGCUCUUAGGAGUGAAGGGGACCAGGCAGAGGUGACCUUCUGUGAGCCACUGUCUUUGUCCACUGAAGUAACUAUGGAGGCUGAACCUGAGCAAGAGCACAGUGUCAGCAAGGACACUGAUGAGUAAGACGAGCGCGCACUCGGAGCGGGAGUCAAGCAGCUCCCAAGGGAGACAGGUCUACCUGGAAAAGCUGGAGACGUCCCAGUGACCAGACCAUCUCCAACAGCAUGUGUAGUGUCUGCUCCUCUGUUAUAUACAUUUAUUAGCCCCCCAAGAGUAUUAUUAACAGGCACCCACCCAACACUGGACCUCUCUAUCUUAUUAUGAACCAGAUCCACCUCUCCCCUCAAUAUCUUGCACACUUACUCCCACUAUUUCAAACUGACCUGCCAAUGUUUUCCUCUGAAAAUUGUUGACCAUUGUCUGUCUGAUAUUCUGUCUCUGUUUUAUCCAUUUUGACCAAAGAUCGCUUUCUUUUGUGGUUUGUUUAAGGGGUAUUUUGCUGCUGUAGAAAUGUAGACUUCUCUGGGGGAAUUCUAACAUUGACCCAAGACACACUUGCAAACACUUGAGCUUUGAUGCCAAUAAGGAAAACAAUCUCUUCAAAAGUGAAGGGUCAGGUCUUGCUUGACUGUGUGUUCUGUGUGUAGUCUUUGAGUUGCGAGAAACUGCAGUUAAACUAUCUGCAUAUCGUCAAAGGAUUUCCACUGGACCUUAACCGUCCUGGGCUGUGCGUCCAUCUGUGUUUCGUGUGCAGGGCAGUGAUCAUCCCUGCAGUGUCUGGCUGUGUGUCACCCUCUUCACUGUCUGAUUCUGACAAGAUUGUAAGAAUAUAUUUAUGAAAUCUUUACAAUGCUUACAAUGUUUGUAUUGCAUGAAUUCAGGCUUUAUCUCAUUCAAUCCCUAUGCAAAGAGAGCAGCCAAAUGUAAAAGCUGACGUUAGAGAAGGUUUAGCUAGUCAUACUUACAAUGAAGUAAACCAUUUGAAGGCUUCUACAUGUAGGACUAAAGUCUAGUGAGUAAUGGUGUACCUGCUGGCAUUGUGUAAAUGCAUUUUAGACAUGAAUGCGAGGUUAGCAUAAGCCACCUGUUUCAACCAUACAUGUAAAAUGGUGUAAAUGACACUUAUUUACCAUACUCUCUGAAUCUGUGAAUGUGUGUGUGUGUGUGUGUGUGUGUGUGUGGGGGGGGGUGGUGGUAUUUGCAGUGCAGGCUAUAUCUACUGCUUUUACACUUCACUGUUUAUGCUGUGUGUAGUCAAAAAAGACAAAACAGUACUCACUGUGACGGUUUACUAUUCUAUAUAAUUACUGAUGUGUUCCCAUGGUGAUACCAGUUACGGAAAAGUGUAAUUAUAGAUUAUAUAUCUUUGAAGGCAUGUAUCAGAUAUUAAAUUCAUUUUGAAGAACAAUAUCUAAACACUAGCUAACUAAAUAAAAUCUACAAAUGUGCUUGA